AUGUUUACGGCGAGAACGGUACUGAAGAAAGCUGCAGAACAUGCGAAACCCCUACAACAGGUGAGAUACAAAAGAGACAAGGCUGGUCUCAAUCCCCAGCUUGAGAAAAUUGUCAACCAGCUCUCUGUGUUGUCUGCUGCGAGAAAGCAGCCAAGACUUCUGAAGCUCUGCAACGAGGACUACGUCAAACACAGAACAGUCAUGAAAGCGUGGUCUGUGUACAGAAAGGCCAAGAUCCAGCAGAAAGAAGAGCUUUUGAAAAAACAGUACGAGUCGAUGGAGGCGGCUGCGGAGGAGUUGCAAAAGCUUGACGCCAAGCUGUACGACAUCGCAAACGAACACCAGUACGGUAAGAGGUUCCCAUUAGAGAUGAGAGUGCCAACAGAAUACCCCCCAAGACAGAUAUGGUUCUAUGAGUAUUUUCCUAAAGCGCCUGGCUCCAAAAACUGA